AUGCAUUUGGGCCCAAUACGGGUGGAUUACACGGAUAGAUAUCUCACAAAAGCAAGUGAGAGCAGCUUUUUUGGUUCACGGUGGCGAUUGUUUGGAAAAAUGGUAGCGACGAAAGUACCUCAUUACGGCGGACUCGUGGUACUUUCACCGCUUGUACAAAGUCCAGAGCAUAACGUGGUGCUUAUUUCACGGAAUAUCGAUGUUGAAUACGAUCAAAUAUUGCAUGUUGCAGGUGGAGAACAUACUGGAAUUGUUAUCAAUAAGCUUACCGAUGGAAAACCAAACUUAAAAUGUGAUGUAGCGCUCAACUUUUCUGUGUGGCUACGAAAUGCAGAUAUGAAGAAACAGGAAAACCGCUGCUUUCGUUUCCGGUUCUUCGAAGAUAUUGAAAAUGCUGACAAGCAUGCUGUAGCUCAGCAGUUCUUCCGGGAUCUUGUUAGCAUUUUUCCAAGAGAUUAUGUGACAUUUCUGAAGCGAAUUUUGAAGCUCAUGCAAAACGGUUAUGUUGCACUGCGAGAAAUCGAAAUUGAUAUGCAGUUUGCGAAAGAAAAUGAAACAUAUCAAAUGCCUGAUCCUAAGCAGUAUGAUUCUGGUUCGGAAGUUGAAAAUGUUACUAUAGCUCAUGUUCAAGAAGUUCUGGAACAUGCAUAUCCAAAUGGCUUAUCUGUGCAUAUUAUUGCGGAAUCUCUGCGUUGUACAAACAAGGAAGUUGAUGGAUUUCUCCAUGAACUAGAAGCACUUGGUAUUGUACAAAAAUUACAGAAUGAAUGGAUUCGUGUGAGUGCUGCUGACAAAAUUGAAUUGUCUCGAACUCAAAGCAGCUUCAGUCUUCGUGAUCAUCCCACUGUCGCAAUCUUAACUUGUUUGUUUGCUGAGAAACAAAGUAUUGAUGCGAUCAUUGAUAAUAGUACGACCGUUCAUCGUUAUCGAUCUGGUGGUGACUCCAAUAUUUAUACCCUUGGAUGGAUUGGAAAACAUCGGGUUGUUGCUACGAAACUGGCUGUUAUUGGUGUGUAUUUCGUUUAUUCUAUAGAAUCUGUCGAUAUCGUCAUCCUUGACGAUCCGACGGCACAUUACAGCAGUGGUAAGGAUAUAAAUUACCACUGUGGUAAAGGGCUUCGUCCACUUGUUUGUGAUAAAUUCUCCAAAAAUUGUGAUAGUCGUGAAGCAACAACAUCUGCAGGCUCAAUCACUACUCGUCUCCUUGGUAAUUUUCAACAUGUUGAGCAUGUGUUUAUCGUCGGUGUUGGUGGUGGUGUUGCUCAUUACACGGAUGCUACACGGCACGUACGUCUUGGUGAUGUCGUUGUCAGUGGUCCCGAUCCGAAUUCUUAUGUGUUUGCUCACGCCUACACUGUUGAUAGAGCAACAGAGCACGUGAAUGGCUUCUUAGUUCGAAAUUGGAAUCCUCAAGAUGCAAUCAUUACUCAUAUUGCUAAAAAUAUGGACGAAAAAAUGAUAGCAGAAUGGAAUUCGAUAACAAAAACAACCAUUGAUCAUUUGGAUGCUGCCAAUGGCGACAUGAGUUUUUCAAGACCGCCACCCCAAGCCGAUCUAUUGGCUGUGCCCGUAGGUAGUGGGCAGGUGGUUGUCAUUCCACAUCCGAAUUCAGAACGAGUUAACUCGGUAGUCCAUGUUGGUUCCAUUGGAGCAAUGGUUUCAUAUAAAAAGCAGACAUUUACUAAUGAAGAGCAGGUUGGUGAAGAUACGAGCGGUGCUACGGCUCAAUUGCGUGACAAAUUCGCCACAAAUCAUAAUUUACGUGCUGUUGAUGCUGGCUUCGAUUCCGUUAUUGCUGCCAUAAAUGGCUCACGAAUUGAUAGCUGGGCAUUGAUCCGUGGUAUUGCAGAUUAUCAACAUGGACAAAGCCGUGCUAGUCGUAUGUGGCAGGAAAUAUUUGCUGAAGAACAUGAUCGAUUGUACAGAGAAGCAAAAGCAAAAUCGGACUAUUCGUUGGUUACGAUGCACUAUUAUUCCGUCAUGUCCGUCAUUAUCGAUGAAUACUUCAGUGGGAGUUUUCAUUUUGCACCACCUCGACGUGAACAGCAAUCACUGACAGAUGCACUAAAAGAACUUCAUGAGCGAAUUGGCCACUGUUUGAAACUUACCAAAGGUAAAAAAUGUGUAGAUAUUGGAUGUGGCAUUGGUGGUGUUAUGCACGAUUUAGCUAUUACCGGAGCUGAUUUGACUGGUGUGACAAUAGUAGGGAAUGAAGUGGUAAUUGGAAAUGAACGCUUCCGGAAUGAAGGUCUCGAUAAUUGCUGCAUUGUGCAAGGGAACUGUUGCUGUUUACCAUUGAUGGAUAGUCAUUAUGAUUGUGCAUAUGCGGUUUAUGCAUUGAAAUAUUUGGAGGAUUUGAAACCAGCUCUACAAGAAAUAAAUCGGAUUUUGCGUCCGGGGGGAUUUUUCCUUGUUUAUGAUCUACUAAAAACUGACAAAUAUCAUUCUUCUUCAGAGGAACAUAAAACGAUUAUUAAGAAUUUGGAGUAUGCUUGCGGUAUGCCUCCUUUACACACAAAGGAAGAGACAAUAAGUGCGGCAAAAUUUUGUGGUUUGGAAUUGAUAGAAAAUAUCGAUCUUGACCGAGAAACUGGAAAUCCUUACUACUUUUGCUUUUCCCAUUCUCCUUUGUUCAUGUGGCUUAUUAACUCGUCAUUGAUUGAUUGGAUAAUUUCGAUUGCACAAACACUACAUAUUAUGCCUAGAGGAUUUCUGCGUUUUAAACGAAUAUUUCUGGCUGGCACAGUGAACAGUAUUGUUAAUGCUGGCAAGCUGGGGAUUCUUAGCGGCUCCGAAGUUCUGCUGUUUCAGAAAAUCAAGUAA